CGACUGGUGCAGGGUGAAAAGAAAAGUGGACAUUAAAAAAGUAAUUGUACAUUUUUACCACUUACCUACUGUUGCAAUGGCUCGGAUGAAUGUAGAAGAAUGGGUGGAUGUGAAAGAGCUCGCAGGAGGAGAUGCACAGCAGCAGGCGGGUUUAAUGAGGGAAGAGCACAGAGGUUAUCCACAAAGUAUAGCACUUCUGGAUAACAGUGAUCCACGCGCCUGGCUCGCUCCAACACUGCAAGGCACCUGCACGGCACACUCCGAUUACCUGCUGCACUCACCCGGCUCGUCUGCAGAGAGCAUGCAGCAAGACACAGACAACAGCGAGGAGCUAAUAAAAAGAAACAAGAGCUCGGUGAAAGCGAGAGACCUCUGCAAACUUAAGGGUGUCGGAUUUGACGAUGCAUGUUGCAGACAGAGAGCCCCUUCCAGUAACCCGGUUAAUGGAGUCCAAAAGCAGAGGAGGAUGGCAGCAAAUGCCCGAGAGAGAAGGAGGAUGCACGGUCUGAACCAUGCCUUUGAUGAACUACGUAGUGUCAUCCCGUCAUUUGACAAUGACAAAAAACUUUCCAAAUACGAUACUCUUCAGAUGGCGCAAAUAUACAUCAAUGCCCUUUCCGAUCUUUUACAAGGUCCCACAGAUCAGCCAAAAAACGACCACAGAUCUGCCUUUGAGGGCACAAGUUCCAGGUCUUCCUCUUCAAACUGCAAUAGGUUUGCAGCAACAGGUUACCGUGCAACUGAAUACAACGCAGUUCCCGUUUGAAGACGGUACCUUUUCAGCAAUGAUGGGACAAGAGACACUUUCUUCCUCGCCAACAGUAAAGUCUGGUUCAGAGGACAGCAAAGCAUCCCCGAGGUCCAAUAGAAGUGAUGGGGAGUUUUCGCCUCA